AUGAAGUACGUCCAACUUGGCAGCAGCGGUCUCCGCAUUGCCCCCAUUGGUGUGGGAUGCAUGAGUUACGGCAACCCCGAGGGCCGUUUCACCUGGUCCAUCCCGGAAAAAGAUGCCCUGCCGGUUUUGAAUCAUUGCUAUGAGUCUGGCCUGAACUUCUUCGACACCGCAAACGCUUACUCCAACGGUAUUUCCGAAGAGAUCCUGGGCAAGGCGAUCAAGGAAUACAACUGGCGCCGCGAAAACAUCGUCAUCGCAACCAAGCUGUGGGCGCCCGUCGGUCGUGGCAACGAGCAGCCCAUGGCAAUGACAGAUGAACAGAAGGACAACUCCGGCUACGUCAACCAGUACGGUUUGAGCCGAAAACACAUCUUUGAAAGCAUCGAUGCCAGUCUGAAGAGGCUCGACCUGCCUUACGUCGACUUGCUCCAGAUCCACCGCUUCGACCCACACACUCCCGUCAAGGAAACAAUGGAGGCACUUCAUGAUGUUGUGAAGUCCGGAAAAGUGCGCUACAUUGGUGCUUCAUCGAUGUGGGCUCAUCAGUUCCUUGAGUACCAGUAUACCGCUCGCCUCCAUGGCUGGACCGAGUUCAUCUCGAUGCAGAACCUUCACAACGCUAUCUACCGCGAGGAGGAACGCGAAAUGUACCCUGCCUGUGCCAAGUUUGGGAUGGGUGGUAUCCCCUGGAGUCCCAUCGCGAUGGGCUUCCUUGCCCGGCCAUGGCAUGAGUUCUCGACCACUUCCCGCGGGGAAGGUCAAGGACAGGGUUUCCUCGGACAGCCCAUGACAGAGGCAGACAAAAAGGUCAAUGAGCAGAUCGAAAAGAUCGCCAAAGAGAAGGGUGUAUCCAUGGCGACUGUGGCAAUCGCCUGGUCAUUAUCCAAGCCCUUUAUCACGGCUCCAAUUUUGGGAUUGAGUAAGAAAGAGAGAGUUGAUGAAGCAGUUCGCGCUAUUUCCCUCGAGCUUACCCCCGAGGAUUUGAAGAGCAUUGAUGACCUGUAUGAGCCCAAAAAGGUCAUUGGACAUUCAUGA